AUGGUCGAGCUCAGCCUGGCCCGUCGACCUGGAUUGCGCUGUGCGGUGCAGCGAUCGAGUCGAGCGUGGCUCCGGCCCCCGCGCAAGCACCUCCAGCACCUGGACGCGGCCCCUCGGGUCACCCAGGCCCCUCCAGUGCCGCCGUCUCAACCGUGGCUGGCGUCUCCGCGGCGUCUUGCAGGCCUGAAGGCGCGCCUCCCAGCGGCCGCAGGCCCCGUGGUGCCCCCCCGGCGUCCCCGACGCGCCGCCAACAGCCGGCGUUCCUCCCUUUCCAGCUGUCCCCCUCCGUCUGGCGGGCCGUCAGCUCUUGCCGCAUCGACAUCAUCCGCUCGUCUCGUCGGCACCGGCAUCAUCGCGACCCAACCGCCUCGCGCCCGUCCUCCCUCCCGUCCUCCCUCCGGCGCCAUGGCCUCGGCGUACAGCUUGUACCAUGGCGCUCCCAACACUUCCCCCUACACCAUCACCGCCAUGGGUCGCUGGUCCUGUCUCAACAGAACCCUGCCUCCUGCCGACAAGAUCAGAGCCCUCCACGUCUACGACUUUGAUAACACCUUAUUCAAAACGCCGCUGCCCAACCCGGCCCUUUGGGCUGGCCCGACAAUAGGACUCCUCGCUACCCAGGAGGCCUUCGCCAACGGCGGAUGGUGGCACGACAGCCGCAUUCUCGCCGCAACAGGCGAGGGUCUGGACAAGGAAGAGCCUCGAGCCUGGGACGGAUGGUGGAAUGAAAAAGUCGUCCAGCUGGUCCGGCUCACAAUGAAGCAGCCCGACGCUCUUUGCGUGUUGCUGACUGGUCGCUCCGAGAAGGGCUUCAGCGAACUGGUCAAGAGGAUGGUCGCCGCCAAGCGUCUCGACUUCGACCUUGUUUGCCUCAAGCCGCAAGUCAGCCCGGCGAACCAGCGAUUCCAAAACACCAUGCACUUCAAGCAGCUGUUCCUCAACGCACUCAUGGAGACCUACAAGGCAGCUGCCGACAUCAGAGUGUACGAGGAUCGGCCAAACCACACGAACGGGUUCCGCGAGUUCUUCAGCGAGUACAACCGUCGACAGACCGUCUCUCCGACCCGUGGCCCCAUCAACGCCGAAGUGAUCCAGGUGGCCGACACGUCAACCACCCUGGAUCCCGUCAUGGAAGUUGCCGAAGUGCAGCACAUGAUCGACAUGCACAACGACUCCGUUCGCCGCCAGCCAAUGCACCUGCGGUCAAACAGGCUGCACAUCAAGAAGACCGUCUUCUUCACCAGCUACAUGAUCAAUCCGGAAGACAGCAAGAGGCUCAUAAAGCUUGUCAAAUUACCCUCUGGACAGUCUGCCAGCGACGUCAAGAUCCACGCCAACAAUAUCCUGAUAUGCCCACGGUCCUGCCCCGCGGGCAUACUCAACAAGGUCGGCGGCAUGGGCGGGAAGAUGCUGUGGGAGGUGACCGGCACGGCAUGCUACGACGACAGCAUCUGGGCGGCGUGUGUGCAACCUGUGCCCCCUACGGCAGUCUACCACACAGAGAACCCUGUGCCGUUGGUGGUGCUGGCCGUCAAGAAGGGCACGCGACCCGUGGACGCGGGAAGAAUCGAGCACUGGCAGCCGUUGGCGGCUGGCCAGUCUUUUGUCUUUGACACCACAGUGGGCGAAAAGGUCAUUUUGCGUGUCCAGGAGGAGGAUCCCCGAGAGGACGAGUACGGGAGUUUAUUCAGGAACAGGCCUUCCAAGAGAAAACACGGAGCCGACGAGGGCCGGGCCGCCAACGGCACGCACGGACAAUAUGGCGGCCGCAAUGAAUCGAGGGGCUUCCAUUCAGGCGGCCGCGGGGGAGGUCGCGGCAGGGCUAAUUCCUCGAGGGGCUUCCGCGGCGGCGCGAGAGGAGCAGGCAGAGCCGGGGGCAAGGGUAGAGGUGCCGGUCAUCACUACCGAUCUUUGGAUGAUGUCGAGCCCAAGCAUCGGCAAGGCGGCUACGGCCAGCCAGUCAGCUACGACGACGCCUACCCGCCCCCGAGCCAACAGCAACCCCAAGGGCCUCCGCCAACGGCCCCGAAAGCAUCCCUUGGUCGUGGCGCGUCAUCGUAUCAAGGUCGUGGCGGGGGCGGCCGUGGAGGUGGUCGGGGUGGCGGACGUCCCGUGGGUGGAGGGCAGCCUGCGAACAACGCCGACUUGCAAAACUACUACUAG